CACACACACACACACACACACACACACACGCGAUUAAACAACAUCUUGGACAAGAUGCCAGAGACAAUCACCACACCGAUAACCAAACUCUUUGGGAUCAAACACCCGAUUCUGCUGGCCGGAAUGAAUGUGGCAGCAGGCCCAGAACUGGCAGCUGCAGUGUCGAACGCUGGUGGUUUGGGCGUUAUUGGUGGAUUGGGUUAUACGCCAGAGUUUUUAAAGCAGCAGAUUGGCGUUCUAAAGGAAAACUUGACAUCGCCCAAUCUCCCAUUCGGCAUUGACCUUCUCCUCCCACAAGUGGGUGGAAAUGCACGUAAAACCAAUUACGAUUACACCCAUGGCCAACUUCCCGAAUUGAUCGAUAUCAUCAUCGAGUCUGGGGCCAAGCUUUUUGUAUCGGCUGUUGGUGUCCCACCAAAGGAGAUUGUCGACAAGCUGCACAAGGCGGGGAUCCCCGUGAUGAACAUGAUUGGUGCUCCAAAGCAUGUUGAAAAGGCGCUGGCGGCUGGAGUAGAUAUCAUCUGUGCACAGGGUGGUGAGGGCGGUGGUCAUACUGGCGACGUUGCAACUAGUAUCCUCAUCCCAAAAGUAGUAGACAUCUGCCGCAAGCACAAGUCGCCUCUGACAGGCCUUCCCGUGUCCGUUGUGGCCGCUGGCGGUAUUUACGACGGGCGCGGUUUAGCCAUGUCGCUCUGCUUUGGAGCGGAUGCCGUCUGGGUCGGAACGCGUUUUGUCUGCGCAACAGAGGCUGGUGCUCCCCCGCGACACCAAAAGGCGAUCGUCGAUGCAGGCUAUCACGACACUGUCCGCACCAUCAUUUUCACCGGCCGUCCACUGCGUGUCCUUCGAAAUGAAUACAUUGAUGAAUGGGAACAAUACAAGCAAAACGAGAUCCGCGACCUCACCUCAAAGGGCAUCAUUCCCGCCCAACACGAUGUUGAAGAACGGAGCAAACGAGGAGGAGACGAUGCUGAUCCAUCUCUCUUGAUAAAGUACCGUCCUUUGUUGAUGGGACAAGUCGCGGGUGCAAUUGAGGACGUCAAGCCAGCCAAGGAGAUUGUGGACGAGAUGAUUUCUGGAGCCAUUCAAGCUUUGAAAGGGUCUAAUGCAUUGAUUGGGCCGGCACCAAGGAUGUAAGCUGUGCAUAGAUAUGGUGAUAUAGUACGGGCCGCUUGUAUGACUGGAUGGUGAUUACAAUACACAUGGAAAGAAACGUUACGAAUGCAUAAAAUACUUUCUUCUUGCUUUUGAAUUGGAAUGGGAUGGCGGGGAUAUCGCUUCAUUGUCAGAUGGACGAAUAAAAACAAAAGACUUGGAAGUGUUCCUUUUUGAUCC